AUGGUGAGGGCUCGGUUCUGCAGUCAGACAGGUUUGAAGAAAGGCACUUGGAGCCCUGAUGAAGAUCAGAAGUUGAUAAAUUACAUCAGGAGACAUGGCAUUUGGAACUGGAGUGAGAUGCCAAAGUUUGCCGCGGUUCUGCCAGGGAGAACAGACAAUGAAGUAAAGAACCACUGGCAUAGUCGUCUGAAGAAACUACAACAUAACCCGAAGGCUCAACUGCACGAAUGCAAGAUGGAGGCAAAUUACCAGACUAACUUACCUCCUCAAGUGAACGACUCGCCUCAUGACAGCGUUUCAUCCCAACUUGUUCCCGAUCCUUGCUCAUCUCCUACCGGGACUAACGAAAAUCCAAAGAUAGAGGCAAAUCUUGCCACACAAGCACUUGGAGAGCACCCAAAUUUCGUGGAACAACUAGCAUCAAUCGACAAGUUGCUUGCGCAAAAUCUCGAAGAUACGAUUGAUUGUAUGCGGCAGAUGAUUAUUCAUUCUGAUCACAUAUUGCCCUACACGCAGGUCUGGUGGCAAGAGCCUAUAAGCCCAUUUGGCUUCGGUAGUGACGCAACUAGUGACCUUCGCGGGUUGAACUUGUAG